AGGCUGUACGUCGAGACGCGGUGCUGGACGGCGGCGUCGGCGGUGGCGGGGGCCGCUGUUCGUCCGGGAAGGCCGCUUUCCUCCCGGGCCGCGCACCCCGCUCUCCGGCCCUGACCCGGACCGGCGCCGGCACCAUGUCGGCCCAGCCCAAAAGCUAUAACCCGUUCGACGACGACGCGGAGGACGAGGACGGCCGGCCGGCGCCCUGGAUGGACCCCCGCGACCUGGCCGACGGGCCCGGCGACCGGCAGCAGAGCCUGCGGCAGGAGGUGCUGCGCAGGGCCGAGGCCUCGGCCGCCAGCACCAGCAAGUCCUUGUCCCUCGUGUACGAGUCCGAGAGGGUCGGGGUGGCCUCUUGCGAGGAGCUCGUCCGUCAGCGAGGAGUCCUGGAACGCACAGAGAAGAUGGUGGACAAAAUGGACCAAGACUUGAAGACAAGUCAGAGGCACAUCAACAGCAUUAAGAGUGUGUUUGGGGGGCUCGUCAAUUACUUCAAAUCCAAGCCAGUGGAGCCGCCACCCGAACAGAACGGCACCCUCGCCCCCCAGCCCAGCAGCAGAUUGAAAGAAGCCAUCAUGACAAGUAAAGAACAGGAGGCGAAGUACCAGGCCAGCCACCCGAACCUCAGAAAGCUGGAUGACUCAGACCCCGUCGCUGCAGGGGCCAGCUCGGCUGCGAGCGCCGAGGCCUACCCCAAGAACCCGCACCUCCGGGCCUACCACCAGAAGAUCGACAGCAACCUAGACGAGCUGUCCCUAGGACUGGGCCGCCUGAAGGACAUAGCCCUGGGGAUGCAGAUGGAGAUCGAGGAGCAAGACGACAUUCUCGACCGGCUCACAAGCAAAGUGGACAACUUAGACAUCAACAUAAAAAGCACAGAAAGAAAAGUCCGUCAGCUUUGAAGACGCCUUUAAAAAGAAGGUUUUCCACUUUGUUACCAUGAAAAGAUUUGAAAGAUUUUUUUUUUUUUUUUUUUUUUUGGUACUCCCAAGAAAUUUCACUUAUUAUUUUAGUAUGUAAUUUAAUAUGUUUGCAAAUGUAAUCGAGCGGGUCGUAAGAGAUUUCAUUGUUAGGAGGAAGCGUGUCCCACUUUUUCUUAGGGCCAGCACCUCUCUAGUUCUUUCUACUGCAUUCUUGUUUCCGGCUGAGCCCAAGUGGCCUGGGAGCCCAGCCCUGAAUAUCAGGGCCAAAAUGGAAAGAGGCGGGCAGGGUUCCUGUCUUGGAACCACCAAGCCUUGGUUUCCCCGUGUGCUGUGUCUCUCCUUCCUUGACCUUACAGUGAGUCGGAACGCUAAGGGACUGUGAGCCAGGGGCCGGGGCUGGGGAGGGAGUUUUCCCACCCUUUUGUUUAGCAGUCAGCGUCCCACCCCUACCCGCACCCCACAGGUCACUGUUUGUGAUGCUCCCCAGCCCCUGGCAGAGGAUCCUUCGAUUUGGAAGUGGAGCAAGUAGGCCCUCUUUGCUGUUUCACGGACAGCUGUCACCUCGUCCCCUCCCGCCCCUCCAUCCCUGGCUUGUGGUGUAGUAGGAAGAGUGCAGACUAGCCCUGCCCAGUGUGAUGCCGGGAACUGGGCAGGCCUGGGUGCUGUCACCCCUAAAUCCCCGACUCUGGUCGGGAGCAGAUUCCGCCACCGGGCGGCCGUGUGGGGUUUGCAGGACUGGAGCACCACGCUGACGUGGCCACGCGGUGGGUUCCUCCUCCGGGCACUCCCUCUGGGCACCUCCCCCCUGACCAGGCCUCGGGGUCACUUGGGAUCCGGGUCUCCUGGCUCAGCAGGGAACCCCACCCCCUUCUCCCCGGGGGCGACACGGCCCACCCCUCUGCUCCCUGCCGCCAGUUCCCAGACUGGAACUCCACUAACGGUGCUCACUUCGUACAGUCAGGUUUGGCUACGAAACAAAGGCAAGCCCAGCUCCAUCUCUCCUUUUAUUUUACGAAAAGAAUCAUUUAAAAGCAGUAAUUAAAAUCAGAUUCUAUGAUAAAAUGAAUUCCUUUGUGUUGGUACCUCCAGUGCAGCCACUAGACCCUUGGAUUUUUGGGGGGAAAAAAAAUUAAAAUAUUUUGAAGAGGAUGAAAGGGACUGAUUUGAUUAAGACAAGAAAGGAAACUGUAAAACAUCAGUGGUUUUCCCUUUAAAAGGUGGCCCCGCCCUUUGUGAACUUUGUUACUGGCAGUCACACUCUGCCUGUAAAUUAUCAUCCCUUAAGGCAAAAGGAGGCUCCACGGCAGUGACUCGUAUUUAUGGAGCACUCCAGAAGCUCCAUCUCCUGAUGCACGACCUCCUGGAAAAUACUGACAGCCGCCAUCGGCAGACAGAUUUCCAUGAACACUGCUCACGUCCAGCCCCACAGGGAGGCCCAUCCGAGUCCCUGUGAAAAUCCCCGGAUGCGAGGAUGUGAUCAAAGGUAAAUUACGAGAGGUUGGUGUAGGAUGAGUUCAACAUUAUUAGUCUCUUGAUAACUGAUGAAAGGACAAUUUUAAACCCAUACGCAGCCAAAGGAAACUAACCCUGAAGCUUUCAGCAGAAAGCUGCUCAAAAGCAUGAAACCAGAACGAGGGGCAGCCUGGCAUAUGUUUCCACUCAUUCUGAUGUUUUCUGUUUUCUUUCUUCUCAGGCACCUUUCGUAUAUGUCAUUAUAACUGGUUUUCUUUAUUGCUGUUAGGCGUAGACUCAUGGAGAUGAGUCAUUAUACCUUAGACCUAAACUUCUUUUUCAAAUAACUGCAGACAGACAGAGGCCACCACCAAUCUAUCAUCAGUGGCCUUCUGAGGCAAAAUGGUGUUCCGUACACUGGGAUUAGUGAUUUAAUUGACUUGAAGUACAGUAACUUAUUCUACUUAUUCUACCUUUUUUUUGUUACAUUGAUAAGGCCAAUCACUCCCCCUCUUUUUUUUCUUUUUCUUGUUUUGUGUUGCCCCAAGCAUAUGGAAGGAGAGUCACCCUCAUUUCUAGAAUUGUCUUCCUCUGACAGGGUGGAAGGCUCACCUGUUUUCUUUCUUCCCCGUUCGGACCCUGCUUUCUAAGGCCUUAGCUAGCAGCCUGCCUUUAAGCCACGUGUUGGCCACUAUGGCUGCCAGCCAUCCUCCCUCUGCUGGGCUCCACUCUGCUCCCUGGCUGCAAAGGACUGGCUGCUUACACUUCUUUAUAAAGCCACGUUGCUUGUGAAUGUUCACAGAGAAUGAAGGAAGACUUGAGAAGGCUCCAGAAUCUUCUCACCCGAUGAUUGCUAUCAAAAGGGAAACAGUCGACCCUCUAGGCUUAAACACGUCUCAUGGAGAUGCUGCACAAUUGCCAAGCCUGGGGCCACCUACCAGAUGUCCUCCAUACCGGGCCGUGACCAACAAACUCCUCCUCCCCAGGGGAGGUGCCUAAGACGGAUUUUGAUUUCCACAGUUCAGCUGGAAACAAACUGUGCCUUCCAAAAAGUGGCCCUUCUAACUUUAGGUUCCACGUUAAGUGUGCUGCUAACGUCAGAGUAAGUGCGUUCUCCAGAGGAAGCUGCUUCUGCCAUCUGGUAGUUUGUGGCUUAGCACUGGGGUUGCUUGUGGGUGUCCUCUUCAUAUUCUCCUGGAGAGGAGACCUGCGUAGAGCUUGGGUUGAAGAAGAAAAUACAUAAGGUGCAUUUUAACUUCUCCUUAACUUUUAUUUUGUGAAUGUGUAACGUUAAGUGUGCACUACACCAGUUAUUAAAAAUCUUACACAAUGCCAAUAAAGGCCUUUCCUUCAGAAUUUUUAGUUACCAGUGUUGUUAAGCAUCUUCUGCCGUGAUGAACGAAAUGUUUUGCGUCCAGAAUGAUGAGCUUGCCAUCGUAAGUGCUCGUGGGGGGAAGGGGGGAAGGUUGGCUUUUAAUUCAGAGUCUGUAUCAGAACAGCAGUUCUCAUGCUCGAUGCUUUCAACUCAACACAUGACUGUAUUCUGGGAAAUAAAGGUGAUGCUGUUUUUAAAUCAAA